GGAGGAGGACUUCUCAGAGGAACCAGGACAGAGCUUGUCAAAAGGAGAACUUCACAGCAGCUGGCCAACACUUCUGUCUCUUCUAGACUUGGAUAGUUAGAACAACUGAAAGCUAUCCUCUAAAAUGACCAAAAGAAAUGUGAGCUUCGUGGUUUGGGGGGUUGCUCUGCUCCUGUUAGCAGAGACAUGGGCCCAGAGUCCCAGGAAGAAGCUGACACCUCCCAAGCCUCCCAAAGGUCAGUGCUGCGAUGAGGUGCGCUCGCUGAAAGUUCAGGUGGCCAAUCUCACCAGCAUCCUGGAAGAGCUGAGCCGCAAGCAGGAAACAGACCUGCGGAAUGUGGUGAGGCAGAUAAUGGACCUGGACCAGCAGAACCGGCAACAAGAAGCUCGGGUCACAGAGGCGGAGAGCAGGUACUCUGAGAUCAACAACCGCGUGGAGAUCAUGCAGCUGCAGAAUCUGCAGUCCGUCACCCAGACCUCUUCAGAUGCCAUAUACGACUGUGCGUCCCUCUCCAGCAGGAACUAUAAGAUCUCUGGCGUGUACAAGCUGCCGAAAGAUGAGCUUCUGGGCACACCAGAGCUCAGCGUCUUUUGUGACAUGGAGACAAAUGGAGGUGGCUGGACCCUGAUCCAGCGGCGCAAAAUUGGACUGCUGUCCUUCAACCGGGACUGGAAGAAUUACAAAAGUGGAUUUGGAUCCAUUCGAGGAGACUUCUGGCUGGGCAAUGACCACAUCGUGCGGCUCACGAGGCAGCCCACGGUGCUCAGGAUUGAGAUGGAGGACUGGGAGGGACAGACGCGUUAUGCCGAGUACAGCCUCUUCAACAUGGCCAACGAGCUCAACAGCUACAAGCUCUUCAUCGCCAACUACAGCGGAAACGCUGGAGACUCCCUACGCUACCACAACACCACCAACUUCAGCACCAUCAACAGGGACAACGACAAAUGUGUGGACGACUGUGCAGCCCUGCGCAAAGGUGGUUACUGGUACAACUGCUGCACCGACUCCAACCUGAACGGUAUGUUUUACCGCUAUGGCGAGCACACAAAGAAAACAGAUGGGAUCACUUGGUACGCCUGGCACGGCCCCAACUACUCCCUGAAGAAAGUGGAGAUGAAGAUCCGGCCGGCGAGCUUCCAUCCAUAGAGCGGAGCGUUCUGGUACAUCCAACUUCUAAAUGUAGAGGAAUCUCACUAAUGCCUGCUCCACGGUUCGUCUUUAGCACCAAAGGUGCUGAUUACGACUGGCGGGUUAAACAUUGAUGAAUGUGCUGAGCUUUUGCAGUGUUUGUAAAUUGUAGUUCAUUUUGUGUAUUUAUCAGUAAAGAAUUUUUAUUUUUUAGAGCUUUAAUAGAUCAUUUUUUUCAUUAAAGAUGUCCUUCAUAGACUACUGGAUUUAGAUUCUUCUGGAUGGACUUUAACAGAGCUGAUGAGGUCCGUCAGGUUUCAUUCAACUACAAAUGAUUAAAACUGAUAAAAACUCAAAGAAAAUCUUCAGUUGAAACGGCCAAACACUGAGGCAUUUAACAUCACUUACAAGUACAAGGUUUGUUUAUGAGGGGAGAAGAUGACAUUUAUGAUGAAAAUGUGUAAUUUGUAAAAUGUGUACAGCUCUUAAUAUGUUAAAUAAAGCUAUUUUUUACAUCAUCUA